UUCCCCAGAGGAACCAGGAAGGAGAAGGAAAACACCUAGCUAACGUGAAGCUAUCGGGCUAACAUCAGUAGCGGUGGUAACAGCUCAGCUGCCUAAAUAACUCUCUUCGUUGACCAGGUCGAGUCUUCUGAUAUAGGAUGGGGAAAGGCGGUGGCACAUUUGAGAGGCUAAUCGAUAAAGCUACCAGUCAGCUGCUACUUGAGACGGACUGGGAGUCGAUACUGCAGAUCUGUGACCUUAUUCGACAGGGAGACACACAAGCCAAGUAUGCUAUUGGUGCCAUCAAGAAGAAGUUGAACGACAAGAAUCCACAUGUUGCCCUCUAUGCAUUUGAGGUUCUGGAGUCGGUGGUGAAGAACUGUGGGCAGACUGUUCACGAUGAGGUGGCCAGCAAGCAGACCAUGGAGGAACUCAAGGACCUCAUUAAGCAGACCGAGCCGAACGUGCGCAACAAGAUCCUCUACCUGAUCCAAGCCUGGGCGCACGCCUUCCGCAACGAGCCCAAGUACAAGGUCGUUCAGGACACGUACCAAAUCAUGAAGGUGGAGGGACAUGUGUUCCCUGAGUUCAAGGAGAGCGACGCUAUGUUUGCUGCUGAAAGGGCCCCAGACUGGGUGGACGCUGAGGAGUGCCACCGGUGCAGAGUUCAGUUUGGCGUUAUGACUCGAAAGCACCAUUGCCGGGCCUGUGGUCAGAUUUUCUGUGGAAAGUGUUCCUCUAAGUACUCCACCAUCCCCAAGUUUGGGAUUGAGAAGGAAGUGCGCGUCUGCGAGCCCUGCUUUGAACAUCUGAACAACCACCCCUCCCUCUCUCCCCCGCCUAGGAAAGCCGAGGGGGGGAAGGCCAGCGCCGCCGCCGGCGCCGCCGGGCCGGCCGAGCUGCCGCCCGAGUACCUGACCAGCCCACUGUCCCAGCAGUCUCAGGUAGUGGUCCAGGAAACAAUGCCCCCCAAGAGAGACGAGGCAGCUCUGCAGGAGGAGGAGGAGCUGCAGCUGGCCAUAGCGCUCUCCCAAAGCGAGGCAGAGGAGAAGGAGAGGGCGAGGCAGAAGAACUCCUACUCGGCGUAUCCCAAAGCCGAGCCCACCCCCGUGACCUCCUCGGCGCCUCCCGUCAGCACGCUGUACUCCUCCCCCGUGAACUCCUCUGCUCCGUCAGCGGAGGAAGUGGACCCAGAGCUGGCCCGGUACCUGAACCGGACCUACUGGGAAAAGAAACAGGAAGAGACCCGCAAGAGUCCCACCCCCUCGGCCCCGGCUCCCGUCCCAUUGGCUGAGCCCCCGCCGCCAAUCGCUCAGCCGGUGGAAACUCACCCUGUCCCUGUUCAGCCGGUCAACAUAGUGGAGCCGCAGUACCAGAACGGAGAGGCGGAGGAGAACCACGAGCAGUUCCUGAAGGCCCUGCAGAACUCGGUCACCACCUUCCUGAACCGCAUGAAGAGCAACCACAUGCGCGGGCGCAGCAUCACCAACGACAGCUCGGUGCUCUCGCUCUUCCAGUCCAUCAACAACAUGCACCCCCAGCUGCUGGACAUCCUCAACCAGCUGGACGAGAAGAGAUUGUACUACGAGGGUCUGCAGGACAAGCUGGCCCAGGUGCGCGACGCGCGGGCGGCGCUCAACGCCCUGCGGGACGAGCACCGGGAGAAGCUGCGGCGGGCGGCGGAGGAGGCGGAGCGCCAGCGGCAGAUCCAGCUGGCCCAGAAGCUGGAGAUCAUGAGGCAGAAGAAACAGGAGUACCUGGAGAUGCAGAGGCAGCUGGCCAUCCAGCGCCUCCAGGAGCAGGAGAAGGAGCGCCAGAUGCGUCUGGAGCAACAGAAGCACACCAUCCAGAUGCGCGCCCAGAUGCCUGCCUUCUCCCUGCCCUAUGCCCAGAUGCAGUCCUUGCCCCCCAACGUGGCGGGGGGCGUGGUGUACCAGCCCGGGGCCCCGCCCAGCUACCCCGGGACGUUCAGCCCCGCGGGCUCGGUGGAGGGCUCCCCCAUGCACAACGUCUACAUGGGCCAGCCGGGCCAGAACCCCCCCGGACAGUACCAGGCCAUGCCGCCCGCAGAUCCCAAUAUGGUCAACGCGUAUAUGUACCAGACUGCGGGAACCAAUGGGCAACCCGCACCGCCUGGCCAGGCCCCGCCCACAACGUCCCCGCCCUACUCUAGCUAUCAGCCCACGCCCACGCAGGGCUACCAGAACGUAGCCACCCAGCCGCAGAGCAUCCCCAACAUGCCCCAGUCGGCCCCCACCAACGGGAUGGCCUACAUGGGCUACCAGCAGUACGGUAUGCCGGGCAUGAUGGCAGCCCUGCCGGGUCAGGACCCCAACAUGGCCCCCCAGCAGCCCUACAUGGCGGGCCAGCAGCCCAUGUAUCAGCAGUGUUGUGGAAUUGGAAUGUGGCAGAUGGCGCCUCCUGGUGGACCGCAGCAGCAGGGGCAGCAGCAGCAGCAGCCCCAACAGGUCGUGCCCGGUAGUGCAGAAGCACAGCUCAUCUCCUUUGACUGACCAUCGCAACACUGCCAUGCCCACAACAACAACAACAACAACAACAACAACACACUACUACACCUUCUCCCUCCGGUCCUCUCCUCCCCCCUUUCCUUCCUUGGACUCCCAGCGCUGCCAUCGGGAAACAACACAAGGCUCGUCCUAUACGCUCCAUCCCGCUGUGACGUCGUGGCAACGUGAAAAUGUCGUGAAGAUGUCGCAGGACUCUCCGUCUUACCCGCCUGUUCUUACUCACCCAACCGCGCAAAGGAGAGUGGGUGAGGAAAGGGUGCCUCUCUCUCUCUCUCUCUCUCUCUCUCUCUCUCUCUCUCUCUCUCUCUCUCUCUCUCUCUCUCUCUCUCUCUCUCUCUCUCUCUCUCUCUCUCUCUCUCUCUCUCUCUCUCUCUCUCUCUCUCUCUCUCUCUCUCUCUCUCUCUCUCUCUCUCUCUCUCUCUCUCUCUCUCUCUCUCUCUCUCUCUCUCUCUUUCCUCCCUUUCCCCCCCCCCCCCCCCCCCCCACAUGUAUGUAUCUAUUUCAUAUUAUUAAACAAAUUGCGGCUCAAUAGUCGGAUAUAAGAAAAAAAUGUAACAAUGGAAUUGAGAUUGAAGUGGGGGGAGGAGGAAAAUAAGCAUGUAACAAAUGCUAUCUCGUAUUUUUCUAAAGCGAAAUGCACGUGUGUUUAUCUGCAAUGGGAGCGAGUAUUGCGCCUCGUUCUGACACCAUCGUGGUGGAGGGUAGUUGUAUCUGGAGUUCAAAAGACCCGCUGUAAUGUUGGUGAAUGAGAAAUUGUCAGAGGAGAGUUGUCAAACACUGAUCCCUCCUCGACUUAACAUUUUGAGUCAACAUUCCACCGUGGUAACCGCUCAUAUAUUCCCAAACACAUGCAGUCAAGGCAAAGCCACAUCGAUCUGGCGGUUGACUUUGGGAAAAAGGCCAUAGGUUAUUAAUAACAUGCUGCAAGGGGCCUUUAACGGGAAUCAUGAUAUGAAGAGAACAUGACGUAAGUAGUGAAAAGUCUGCUGAUCGGCCAUGUUAUAUAAGUACUAUAGCUGCAAUGACCCAACAUCCCUUUCCCAGCUAUAACGAUGUGCUUUGUUUUAAUUGAGAUAGCUUGUGUUGCCUGAUUCAAAAGCACCGAGUCAUAACAAGAUAUAUAUCUCACCUACUGCAUUAUCUGUUAAACAAUUGGACAUAGGUUUUUAACACUUAAAAUCUGCAAUGGAUGUUUGCUUUUGUUUUAUGUUAUGUUCAUGGGGUCUCUUAAAAAGCAUAACAUGCUAGGUUGGAUGAAGGUGGGGUGGUGCAUGUGUGUAACAUACACUCACACACACACGCGGAUUUCUGUAAUUCUUAAUUGCCAUCUGUGAUCUUUUAUUCUCAAUCUGUCUGAUUUCAAAGUAAUUUUACGAUUUUAUUUAAUAAAUAUCUUGUCGUCCA